AUGGGCAAAAACCGGCACAGUAAAGACCGGCUGUUCAUCACGCAGACCGAGCACAAGUACUUGUACGGUGGCAAGAAGCAGGUCAUUCGUCGCGCUUACAAACGUCUCCCGUUUAACUGCUGUGCUAUUACGCUUCGCCCCUUUACGAAUCCGGUGUGUACAAAGGAAGGUCAUCUGUUCGAUCUUGAGGCAGUUGUGCCGUACGUUAAAACACACGGACUCAACCCGGUGACGGGCAAGUCUCUGGCUCUGAAGGAGCUUAUCCAGCUGCACUUUAGCAAGAAUUCACAGGGAGAGCAUUUUUGCCCUGUAACGUACAAGGUCUUUACGGACAACACCAAGAUUGCUGCAAUUGCGACGACAGGCAAUGUGUUGUGCUACGAGGCUGUGGAAGAGCUGAACAUUAAACCUAAAAAUUGGACGGACCUUAUUUCGGGCGCAGCGUUUAAGCGCAAGGACGUUAUCAUUUUACAAGAUCCGCAAGAUCUUUCCAACCGCGAAAUCGAGAAUUUUGAGCAUCUGCGGCUUGCGAAAGCGAGUGAAAGCGACCCUACAUCCAGUGCGACACGGGCUAUUCGCACAAACGCUGCAACGGAUCGCAUCCUCGAAUUGUUAAGCGCUAAGCAAGCAGAGCAGAAGGAGAUGUCGGAAAAGAUCAAGAAAGGAGAAGAUGGCGUUAGUGAGAGAGACAAAAUUGUGGCUUCGCUGACUCACUGCAGCUUGCCAAAGCAAGAUAUCAUGGCGGAAAAGACGGCGGGUCCAGACAAAUUGCAAUACUCACACUUUACUGUCGGCGAGUGCUCGAGCUCGUUUACGUCCAGCGCGAGAGCUCCCAUGACAAAGAAUGCGAUGGCGCUGGUUUCAGAUCUGGGGCUUCUUGAACAGAGAUGGCAGGCUGUACGAAAGCUGAAGAAAAAAGGCCUGGUGCGACUCGACACCACCCUCGGCAACAUCAACCUGGAAGUGGAUUGUGACAUUGUGCCGCAGACGGCUGACAAUUUCUUGACGCUAUGCCAGAAUAAGUACUACGAUGGUGUCACUUUUCACCGGGUCAUUAAAGGUUUCAUGAUGCAAGGAGGAGACCCAACUGGGACAGGUCGAGGUGGUGAAUCUGCUUGGAAGAGGCCAUUUCAUGAUGAAAUUGAUAGCCGACUGUCUCACAGCCAACGAGGUGUGCUGAGCAUGGCAAACUCUGGACCCGGCACAAAUAACUCUCAGUUUUUUAUUACGUUCACAGAAUGUCUGCAUUUAGACAAGAAGCACGCAGUUUUUGGUCGAGUCGUUGGCGGGAUGGAGGCGCUUGAUGUUAUUGAGCGUGUUGAAACUAAUGCAGCGGAUCGUCCAAUCGAUGAUGUGCGCAUCAAGAGUGCCCAGGUAUUUUCGAAUCCAUUUCUGGAUUUUGAAGAAGCUCAGGAACGAGGUCUAGACGUUGUUCAAAUCACGAAGGAAAAAUCUGCACGUGCGGCAAAACCGGAGGUGCACGGUGCCGUGUUGAAAGUUGAUGGGCAGUGGGUCGCAUACGACAAUGUUGAGGAAGUUGAUAUGGCGAAUAUCCCGAAAAGCGAAACAGCCAAGUGCGAAAAGGUCGGAAAAUACUUGAAGACCCAGUCCGACGUUAUCGUGAAGAAACGGUCACAGGAAUCGGCGACGCUUGUUGCCAUCGAAAGUAAGAAGAAAAGCAAGAACUCACGUGGCACUUUUGGGAACUUCUCUGCAUGGUAA